UCUUGAUCUCAACCAUUCUGCGCUGAUGGGAUUGCUCGGGCGAUCCAAGAAAAAGGACACCCAGGAUGCAAAGUCACCUGCAAAACAUGAUCUCGAAUCUGGUGAGUUUACCGGUGCAGUAGCUGGACAUGGAGAUAUCGGAGAGGCAGCAGAACCAAUUGAAGCGCCACAGGCUGAGAUGACCCCAGGUGACGAUGCUCAAGGUGAAGGUGAAGGAGAUGUGGUGAAAACUUCUGCGAACAAACGGAAGGUACGACUCAGGAUGCCAAAGCUCUUCGGAAACGCGGAGGAGAAUCCAGAGGACAUGAAGGAGCCAAUGGAAAGAAUGCGCUGGUGGGAACUGACUUUUUCCAUUCGCGGCUUCGAAAAUGUCACAGUCGAAACACUCAAACUAUUUUGGACUGUUUCCUUGGGCAGCGACAACCCAAAGAAGCACCGAAAUCGAGUGCGUUUGCAGACGAGAUUUUCCUCUAUUUUCACGCUGGAGAAGGGCAAGGUUUUCACUGCAGACAAUCCAAUUGUCAUGUACGAACGCAAGACAUUCGCAUUGUGUUACAAGGAGUUGGAGAAGCAUGUCGUGAAAGUUGACAUGUGGCGAGUCUCCUGCUGGACCUUUAAUGAGUAUUAUGGAGUGAAGAAGCAGAAGCUUUCGCAAAUUGCAAAUCGUGAUCCAAACAUGGAGCUACGGACCCUUCGAAAGCUCUCACGAAAGCAGAUGGCCGACAAGAAGAAAGCCAAAUCAGUUGCGGAUGUUGCACUGUAUAGAUGCACGGUGAACCUUGAAGAAAUCUUUGACUUUGAUUUGUUUUGUGAGAACUGGACAUUGGAUUUGAGUCGUGCAAACCCAGAGCACAAGCAGAUGAAGGAAGAAAGGAAGCGCUUGACGUUCACAGUGCCCAGGGACCGACGAACACUGCCUGGCCAUAGGGGCUAUCUUGGACUUGGUGCAGCUUCUCAGACAGUCGAGUGGAAUCAGCAAGAUGGACGCUUCUUCUGGCCGAGCUGUGGCAAGUUCGUUUUCCGUGGCACCCGAACUCAUUUGCAAAAUUCAUACUUCAUUGUGUCUGUCCUCACUGGACAACCGCCAGCUUUUCUGGCCAAUAAUGCGACGGUGGCAAAGAUAGAAAAGCAUGCGCCAGCCCCACAUCGAGUUCUGGGUCGCUGCCUGCUAAAUCUCACAUCUGUCUUGGAUAUGUCCGUUUUUCAGGGCAAAGUCAAACGAUUCACCCCAGAUCACGAUCGGUACAUUGUUGGUGACAUCAAUGGCAAUGUGAAAUGCAUCUUGCGCUCCAAGGGGAUGAAGGAACCUGAGCUGGAUUUUCGCACCAAUCGCCCUGAGCAGCUCAAGACCGCCACUACAGUUUCGCAUCUGAACCGGUACGAGCGCUAUUUGGUGGUCCGUGUGAAAAAAUGCGAAGGCCUUCCAGUGGCAGACUUUGACACUGGCAGCUCAGAUCCAUAUUUGCGGUGCACCUGGGACAACAUGGUGAUGCUUUCUCCAAUUGUCAAGCAAUCUUUGCGCCCCGUGUUCAAUCAGAGUUUCUAUUUCCCUGUACGAGUUGUUUUUCCGGAAAUGCGUAUGGGUUCAAAGGCUGAAAAGAAGUACCAAGACAGCAUUCUGAAGUAUGAGCUUACAAGCAAGGGACAUAUCCAAAUACAAGUUUGGGACGAUGAUGUUACAUCUGCAGACUGCUUGGGUGGGUGCCAAGUGACUUUGGGUGAUAUUUUGAAUGUCCGUGCCACCCAAAAAAGAACUUUGCUGGGAGCUUUGCGGGCUGAGAAGCGCGAUGAAGACGACGAGAAUGAGCUUGAGGAGAAGCAGGAAAAACACAAUCAAUGGUAUGAGGAGCCAAGAUCGGUGCGAGUGUAUGACGGUAGCAAGACAGCUCUUGGCCAGUCAGCUCUCGCGAACAAAGAUGCUGCUUUAAUUCAUUUUGAAGCAUACUUCUACCCGGACUGGGCUGAGACGUUGAGAUUCGAAGAUGAAGUGCAAGAGGCCGAUACGGAGUCGGUAUGGGCAAAGAAAGGCGAGGAGUGGAACUCCAGGAAUCUGCAAAAGGCGGAAGACUACGCGUUGCCAUUUCCGGAUUCUAUCGGUGCCAAGAAACCAAAAGAGGAAAACAUGAUGCAAACUGCCGAUUCUUUGCGGCGUUUCCCCUGCAUUGGAUUGCAUCCACUCACCAGGGUGGAAACUCCAUUGAUGGCAUUUGUGUCACCAAUCAUCAUCCCAGAGGAAUGGAGCUUUCCGGCCAAGCUACUCGAGUGGGUUCACUGCCUGUCGUUUGAGAUUUCUCAGCGCCAAGCCCGCAUGGGCUUGAUUCCGCAAGAUGGCUGGAAAGACCCCGAAUACGUUCUUGCCAGACGGAAGGGUGCUCCACAAGAUCAUUCGGUGCUAUUGUGCUCGUUGCUCCUGGGAUGUAAGGAAGACGCAUACGUGGUGAAAGGAACCGUGUACUCCAAAGAUCCGAUUGCAACCAUUGAGAAAUCAGAUCAGCUCAUUGAACACACGUGGGUCAUGACUCGUGAGAAAGGAUGGGUCACCUUUUGGGAGCCCUGCAGCAGACAGAUCUUCCACCUGCCCAACCGAUACGAUCCGAGAAAGGUAAAAAGACGGAAAACCGACCAAGUUGCAGUCAAGGAAGAGAAAGAAGAGGAAGAACAGGAUGAAGAUGCAGAGUUGGAAAGGCAGCAGUGGGAAGGAGAAGCCGAAGAUUCCCGUGUGCACCUAGAAGACAUGGAGAGUUUGCCUACAGUGGGGCGCAUGCCAAAGCCGAAAACGAGAUCCGACAAGGCGAAGAAGAAAGAUGAGGAACCAGGUCGAGAGCGUUUGAAGCGAGAGCUCAUAGAACAACGAGAGGGCCUCCCGAUUGCUCCAAAGAGGAAAAUGUUGCAGGAAGAGCAGCUGGUAACAUGGCUGCCGUACGACUCAAUCGAGGUGGUCUUCAACGACAAGAACACCUGGGCCAACCGGCAAAAUCACCAUCCAGCAUGCAUAUCCUAUGAUCUGGACGAUGCGGAAGAAAACCCCGAGAAUCCAGCAUGGGAGAGAUUUCUAAGUUCUGAAGAUGAACAGAAACUGCACUUCCAAGCCAUUUGCCCGAACGUGUCCGUACAGCCUGAGCUCAAACCUUCAAUCAUCGAUGAACUCCAGGAGGAUUUGCGCACAGAGAUGAUGCAGAACCUUCAGCUCUACAGGGGCAAAAAAGGGAUGGACACCAUGUUCGACCACAACGAGGAGCUAAUGCAGCAACUUCGAAUCUUCCUUGACCUUCAUGAACUCUGGCGGCAGAUCGAUCCAGACAGCCCCACAGCGCAGAGGGUGCUCUCAGAGUACAACGCGCUUCCGCGGGACAUGCCUCGAGAUCAAAUGACUGACCAGCAAAAGUUUCAUCGCUUUGUGGGCGACAUCCUUAAACUCCGUAUUUGGAAUCGUCACGGUUCUCCCUUCUUUGACAGCCGCAAGGACUAUGUCAAAGAGCAGGAACAUCAUUGGAGAACUUUGGAAAAGCUGCACGCCGAGUUUCAGAAAAAGGAGGACAGCUUCCCAAUCAAGCGUGGCAAGAAGUUCAAAGGCUUCCCCGUCCACUUCUGUACGUCAGAUCAGGAAAGCAUUCGACAAUACCUCAUGCAGAUCAAACAGUACAAGCAAAUCAUAGAUACCGACGAGGAGGAUGUGUUCUACACCAUCGAGUGCAAAAUCAUCGGACGACUCGGUGGGAUCUUGUCUGUAUGGCUGUAUGUUGGCAUCCAGGAACCGCAGAGGGAAGCAGAUUUUCUGGAAGAGCAGUGAGGAGGUGCCUUCCAACUCCAUGCCGCAAUACGUUGCAAUACCAUGCAAUAUGUUUCAUGCCAGGGCAGGCCAUUGCUAGCUGAAAUGUGCUGCAAGGCAGGCCUCUGUACAGAAAGCACGUCUUUGGUGUGUCAUCCAGAGGCAUGUUUCCACGCACCCAAAAGUGCAAGUCUUUGACACGAGGCAUCUUUUUCUGCCCAAAGAAAUGGUUGGAGGGUCCAAAUGUGGCCACUAGCACUAGUGCAUUGUCGCUGAAAAA